AUGACUCUCAUUACCCUUGUGUGUUACAUGUUAUCCGUGGUGGUGGUGGUGGUGGUGGUGGUGGUGGUGGUGGUGGUGGUGAUGUUCAGCAAUCCCGAAUUGAAUCCUCUGGGAGUUAAGAUGGAGGAGGUGGAAGCCUCAACAAGAUAUGCAUCUGAUAGUGCAAGAUUGACUCAGACUACUGGUGGGAGCUGUGGCAUAUCAUGUGAAGGAAUUUGUCACCAUGGGCUGGUCCAGGAUGAUUCAGUGAUAGACGAGGAGAAGUCAACACAUGAGUUUGGUACAGAAAAUGUGAUUAUUGAUAAGGAAUACUCAGUAGCCCCCCCAUAUGACUGUAGUAAGAGGGAAAAGGAAUUACAUCUAUAUAGCUGUGAUUUCUGCCAACAGAACUUUCCUUCAAAAUACAGACUCAUAAUGCAUGUGUUUAUGCACAUUGAUGGCAUGCAACCACCUUUGUAUGUUUGUAAGUGGUGUGGUGAGGUAUUUCACAGUAAGGUUAGUUUGAAAACACAUUUGAGAAUGAGAGAGAAUUAUCAUGGCUUAACUGCUUGCCACCAUGAAAAAUAUGACUAUAGUGAUGAGCAUCAAAGCAGUAUCUUCUUGGAUAGUGAGCCAGAAGUUUCUGUUACAGAACACAUUGAACAGUCUUCAUAUAAGGAAACGUGGAAAACUUCAAAGAAGGCCUCUAAUGACAUGUGUAACACACACAAGACAAAUGAUGCAAUAAGUGCUUAUGGAAUUUUAUCUACAGCUGUUAAUGUCAGUGCCCAGGCUGAUCUACAUAUUGCAAACAGAACCAACAAAUGUGGUAUUUGUGCCAAAUGGUUUGCUAGGUCAGGCGAUCUGAAGACUCAUUUAUUAAUUCACACUGGAAUGAAAGUACACAAAUGUGAGAUUUGUGGGAAAUCUUUUACUUUGUUAGGCAGUCUCAAGAAGCACACAUUAAUUCACACUGGAAACAAACCUCACAAAUGUGAGAUUUGUGGAAAAUGUUUUGCUAGAUCAGAUUGUCUCAGGACUCAUGUAUUAGUUCACACUGGAAAGAAGCCUCACAAAUGUGAGAUUUGUGCAAAAUGUUUUGCUACGUCAGGUUGUCUCAAGACUCAUGUAUUAAUUCACAGUGGAAAGAAACCUCACAAAUGUGAGAUUUGUGGAAAAUGUUUUACUACAUCAGGUUAUCUCAGGACUCAUGUAUUAAUUCACACUGGAAAGAAACCCUACAAAUGUGAGAUUUGUGGGAAAUGUUUUGCUAUAAAAGGUUAUCUCAAGACUCAUGUAUUAAUUCACACUGGAAAGAAAGCUCACAAAUGUGAGAUUUGUGCAAAAUGUUUUGCUACAUCAGGUUGUCUCAAGACUCAUGUAUUAAUUCACACUGGAAAGAAACCUCACAAAUGUGAGAUUUGUGGAAAAUGUUUUACUACAUCAGGUUAUCUCAAGACUCAUGUAUUAUUUCACACUGGAAAGAAACCCUACAAAUGUCAGAUUUGUGGGAAAUGUUUUGCUACAUCAGGUUAUCUCAAGACUCAUGUAUUAAUUCACACUGCAAAGAAACCCUACAAAUGUGAGAUUUGUGGGAAAUGUUUUGCUACAUCAGGUUAUCUCACGAAUCAUGUACUAAUUCACACUGGAAAGAAACCUCACAAAUGUGUGAAAUCUUUUGCUAGGUCAGGGAAUCUCAAGAGGCAUUUAUUAAUUCACACUGGAAAGGAACCUCACAACUGUGAGAUUUGUGGGUAA